GAUAAGUAACAAGUAAGAAUAAAUUGUGUUUCAGUGAGUUUGUGUUCGACCCAAUUAAAUGGCAGCGGAAGCAAAUGAACGAGGACUUCCUUGACCUAUCAAAGAUGUUCAAUGCAGUUAAAUCGCUUGUUCGAGUGCCUUCUGUAGACCCCAAAUAUAAAAUUGCUCUUCUUGCUUCUAAGCAGGACCAUUGUCUUGUUGAUCUACUGCAUGCUUGGCAAGAUGGAAAACUUCCGGUUCAGAUAAGCUCUGUAAUCAGCAAUCAUGAUAGGGUGGGGAAUACCCAUGUGAUGCGGUUCCUUGAAAGACAUGAGAUUCCAUAUCAUUAUCUGUCCAAGUCAAAGGAGAAGAAUGUAGAAGAUGAGAUAUUGGGGUUGGUUGAAGAUACAGAUUUCUUGGUCCUUGCUAGAUACAUGCAGGUGUUGUCUGGAAACUUUUUGAAAAGAUAUGGGAAGGAUGUGAUCAACAUACAUCAUGGCUUAUUGCCAUCAUUCAAGGGAGGAAAUCCAUCUAGGCAGGCUUUUGAAGCUGGGGUCAAAUUGAUUGGUGCCACAACCUAUUUUGUCACGGAGGAGCUUGAUGGGGGCCCAAUCAUUGAGCAGAUGGUUGAGAGAGUCUCGCACAAGGAUAAUUUGCUGAGUUUUAUUCAGAAAUCUGAGAAUCUUGAAAAACAAUGCCUUAUGAAGGCAAUCAAGUCAUAUUGUGAGUUACGCGUUCUACCUUAUCAACACAACAGGACUGUUGUAUUUUGAGUAAGCUCAAAAUGA